AUGGCUCUUCCGUGGGUUCAAGAGCUCCAUUUCGCUCACCUGAAAAUCUCUCUGACCAUCGAUGGCAUUGUUCCUGUCAUGCCCUCAAGCUCCAUUCCUGCUAGCCCUGGCGACAGCCUUUACCUCUCUAACCUCGACGACAUGAUCGGAGCACGCGUCUUCACCCCUACAAUAUAUUUUUAUCAGUCAGGUAACAUAAAUUCCAGCCAAAAACCUGUCAUGAAAAUACUAGGUGAUGCUCUUGCACAAGUCCUAGUCCCUUACUAUCCUUUAUCAGGCCGGCUUAGAGAGACCGAAAAUGGUAAGCUCGAAGUGUUUUUUGGACCUAAACAAGGGGCGCUCAUGGUGGAGGCACACUCUGAAAUGGCGUUGGCAGAUUUAGGAGACCUCACAGUGCCGAACCCUGGUUGGGAACCGUUGAUCUUCAAGUUCCCUGAUGAGGAGCCGUACAAAGUUCUUGACAUGCCAUUGGUCAUAGCUCAGGUAACUGUUUUUAGAUGUGGUGGGUUUAGCCUAGGCUUGAGGCUCUGCCAUUGUAUUUGUGAUGGAAUUGGUGCCAUGCAAUUUGUUGGGGCAUGGGCUGCCACAGCAAAGGCAGGGACCUUGAUAACAAACCCUCAGCCAUGUUGGGAGAGGGAACUCUUUCUGCCUCGCAACCCUCCGGUGGCGAAAUUCCGACAUGUCGAGUUUAUGAGAAUUGAAGAGGGGUCGAGCCUAACAAUGAGUCUUUGGCAAACCAAGCCUGUUCAGAAGUGUUACCGGGUUAGCCGGGAGUUCCAAUCUCAUCUGAAAAAUCUGGCUCAGCCGGAUGAUGAUGCUUUUUCAUGCACUACCUUUGAUGCUAUGGCUGCUCAUAUAUGGAGGUCAUGGGUGAGAGCACUCGAUGUAAAACCACUAAACUAUGAGCUUCGGCUUACAUUUUCCGUCAAUGCUCGCCAGAAGCUGCAAAACCCACCAUUAAAAGACGGGUUUUACGGCAACGUGCUGUGCGUGGCAUGCGCAACAAGCACCGUCUCAAAGCUUGUAAAUGAACGGCUUUCUGACACAACCCGUUUAGUUCGCGAAGCAAGACUUAAUGUUUCAGAGGAGUAUUUGAAGUCUACGGUGGAUUUCAUUGAGGUGGACAGGCCAAAACAACUUGAAUUUGGAGGAAAAUUGACAAUUACUCAAUGGACUAGAUUUUCCAUAUACGAGGGUUCAGAUUUUGGGUGGGCAAGGCCAAUAUAUGCUGGUCCUAUAGAUCUGACUCCCACACCUCAAGUUUGUGUGUUCCUCCCAGAAGGAAAUGCUGAUCUUAAUGGGACAAUGGUGAUGUGCAUUUGCCUACCAGAGGUCGUUACUGAUAAGUUUACAGAGAACGCCGUGGUUGCCAAACAGGAGGAACAAUCUGAAGGUGGCGGAUUUUGGGUUGGCCGUGUGGUUGCCAGAGGGGAAAUGCGUCGGAGGGGUCGUGGGAACGCAAUAUUAUGUGGCGCCGAAGGUGCUGAUGGGGAGGGAGUACAAUGCGAAGGUGGAUGUGUGGAGUGUCAAAGUGAUUUUGUACAUAAUGUUGGCUGGCGUUUUGCCGUUUUAUGGCGAGUCUACUGCAGAGAUUUUCGAGGCAGCAUUGAGGGGGAACUUGAGGUUGUUGAGGCGGAUCUUCGGCACGGUGUCGCCCGCGGCCAAGGACUUGUUGAGGAAGAUGAUUUGCAGGGAUGCUUCAAGAAGGUUUUCUGCGGACCAAGGCUUAAGUAA